GUGACGUCAACAACCUAACUAAUCACAUGCCGUUAAAAAACCACUAAACCGACAACAUAUUAAAUUAUAAUUAAUUAAUUAGUAUUAAUAAUAAUAAUAAUUAAUAAAUAAACCCAACGACAGACAUUAAAUAUGCAAGUGGAACAGGUAAGGUUACCGAUUCUAAGAAUAGAUCUGUCAGAAAAAAGGAACGAUUUGGAAAUGGAAGAAAGGAAUAAAAUCCUUAAUGAAGACCCACAGCUGUUGGUAUCAAACCGGAACAUACUCCGCCCGUACAGUCCAUGGUGGCAGCAAGACGCCGUGCACCUCGUGCAAUACAGUCAUGACGAUGACGACGACAAGGAUGACGUUGUUGACGACGUCGCACUCGAUCAUUUCAUCAACAGGAUACUUUUCUCAGCUACGACUAACGACAGCUAUGAAGACACAUACGGAAGUGGUAUAAAAGCGAACCUGGAUGGCGGACAGGUGACGAAACCGGUUUACGCCGACCACGACUUGCACGUGCCAAGCUACGAACGCAGGAACCGCAAGCUAAAGUCGAGGAACAAGAAGAAGAUGCGAGUGGAGGACUACAUCUGUGAUAAGGUCAUUUCGCCAAAUCCGCAUCAAAAUAGAGAGCCGUUCAUCAGAAUGCCAGUUAGAAUAUAUAGAAAGCUAGUGAACGCCGAAAUCGAGUCGAAGGCACGAGAAAUGUAUGAAUAUUUCCUGAUGCAGAAUUCACAACUUGAAGAUUCGAGAAUCGAAGUUAUAAAGGAGUCCUUUGUCUACCAGGACCAACUCGACCAGUGUGAACGUUCUUUGACGUCCGCUUAUACCGCCAUCAGGAACAUCCACGAAGACUGCGAGAACUUGCAGCAUGUGUUAUUGGGUUUAGGUGGCGACGUCGACAGGAGCGAAGCCACGACACAGACGGACCAAGAGGAGGAAGAAGAAUGAUAUCACCACAUCUACAUCAUCAUCAUCAUAAACCAGGAGCAAGUCUGACCCAGUCACAUGGCUAAGAAUCGUGAACAUUUACUUUAAAAUGUAUUAUUAUAAAUAUUAUUGAUAUGUCAUUUAUUUAAAUAUAACAAUUAGUAAAGAACCAUGGACAUUUACUUUUUAAAAUUAUUAUUAUAAAUGUUAUUGAUGUCA